AAAAGCACCUUCUUCAUCCCACGCCCACACCUCACUCAUUCCAGUCGCAUAUAUACAACUAUGGGAAAGUCAGCAAAGUUCUUCAAGCGUCCGACACGCAAGGAAAAGGCUGUCAUGUCAUUGACAAAGGGUACAGCCGAGACCAGCCUAUUCGACUCUAGCAACUCAACAACGACUGGAGGGCAGAAAGGACACAGCAAGACAAAGGACGUUCUCUCCGUGACUGCCAACCCUACCAUCGCCAAAAAGUCGACUAUCUCCUCAGCAGGAGCACACCCACCCAAAGCCUCGCUUGCAUACAAGAUGCAGCUGAACGGAGGGGUCAAGCAGGCGGUCAAGGAUCUAGAGAUUCUGGAGGAUGUAGAACUCGAGUCUGAGGACGAGGAUAUGGAUGAGGACCAUGAUACCACGACACAUCAGAGCAGUACAGGCAGCGGCAGCAAGGCAGCACAGGCCAACAAGAAGAAAAAUGAGAACCUAGACAAGACGAAGCCAAGACUGGAUUAUCCUGAAGCCUCAGAGAUCAAUCCCGCCAAUCGUCCACCACAGGAAUGGCCAGCUCAGGGACGCGUCGAAUUCAUCGACUACGAGACCAGAUAUCGCCCAGGGCUCGAUCUUGUCCUCCGCGGCGUCAACUGCUCGAUCAACCCUCAUGAGAAGAUCGGCAUCUGCGGCCGAACAGGAGCAGGCAAGUCCAGUUUGACCCUGUCGCUCUUCCGCAUCAUCGAGGCCGCCAAGGGACAGAUUCUUGUCGACGGCAUCGAUAUCUCGACUCUGGGCCUGUACGAUGUCCGCUCUCGGUUCUCGAUUAUCCCCCAGGACCCGGUCCUGUUUGCUGGUACUAUCCGGUUCAACCUGGAUCCCUUGGGGACAAGGCCCGACGUCGACCUGUGGCAGGCACUCGAGGACUCGUAUCUCAAGGAAUAUGUCUCGGCCAUGGAAGGAGGACUCAAUGCGAUGGUGCUUGAGGGAGGCGACAAUUUCUCGGUGGGCCAAAGGCAGCUGAUCUGCCUUGCACGGGCGCUUCUCCGCAAGACCAGCUUGUUGGUCCUGGACGAGGCAACGGCGGCGAUUGAUCUGGAGACAGAUGCGCUGGUGCAGGCGAUUAUCCGGCAAAAGUUCCGCGAGUGCACGAUCCUGACGAUCGCGCAUCGAAUCGACACAGUGAUGGAUAGCGACAGGAUCAUGGUUCUGGACCAGGGACGGGUGGCAGAGUUCGACAUGCCAGCGGCAUUGCUUGCGGACCAGAGCUCGAUCUUUUACUCUCUCGCCAAGCAGUCUGGGAACGCGUAGAAUAGCAU